ACGUUGCAUAUUUGUUUGUCAGAUGACCAGUGUAAUUUCUAUUCACUCUCAGUUGGUGGAAGACCAUAAUCAGCAUGUGGUCCAUCCACCAACCUUCACCUCCAGAGCCAUUAAAAAGUAUCUCAAAACCCGGUUCACCACAUUGGUGGCAUCGAAGAAAGAAAGAAGCUCAUAUACUUGGGGCCAAUACUUUAACCCUUUUCGCCCGUUGGGUGAAUUGAACAGACGACAAUGGAUGUAUUUCUUCAUUGGGUACUUUGCUUGGACCUGGGACGCAUUUGACUUUUUCAGUGUGUCAUUGAAUGUGGACUCGAUUGCUAUCGAUUUGGGUAAAGAAGUCAAAGAUAUCACCUGGGGGAUCACUUUAGUGCUUAUGUUGCGGUCGGUAGGAGCUGCUAUUUUUGGGUUGAUCGGAGAUAGGUACGGCACCAAGUUACCGUAUGUGGUGUCAUUGGGUUUGUUGGUGGUGCUCCAAAUUGGCUGUGGGUUUGUCAAGACCUACAAACAGUUCUUAGGGGUGCGAGCGCUUUUCGGAAUUGCCAUGGGUGGGGUUUAUUCGGUGGCUUUGGGCACUUGCUACGGGUGUAACCCCGAGCCUGUCAAAGAUUUGAACCAGGACUAUCUUUCCACCAUUAACCACGAUGAGGUGGGGAUUUCCAAAAAUGCCCGUGGUAUCCUUGGGGGACUCUUUCAACAAGGUUAUGCCUUUGGAUACCUUUUGGUGGUGGUGUUUAACAGAGCUAUUGUCGAUAAUGUCAAUAACGACCACAACCAGGCCUGGAGAUCAAUUUUCUGGUUUUCUGCCGGGCCCCCAGUCAUUUUCAUUGUGUGGAGAUUGAUGUUACCCGAAACUGAUGACUAUUUGAUCAAGAGAGCCAAGAUGGAGCUUAGGAAGAGGAAAAUUGCCGAAGGUAAUGCGGACCCAACUGCUGGACCCAUUCAGCCAACCGUCAGAGAAGAGAUUGCCGAAUUCGUUAUCCUGGGAAAAAAGGUCUUGAAGACCUACUGGGCGAUGUUCCUCUAUACGAUUCUUUUGAUGGCUGGGUUCAACUUUUUUUCACACGGGUCACAGGAUAUCUACCCAACUCUCUUGAAGGUGCAAUUGGGUUACGGUACCGACAGAGCCACCGUCACCAACAGCGUGGCCAACUUGGGGGCCAUUUUUGGAGGGUUCAUCUUUGGCCAUGUUUCCAACUUCAUCGGCAGAAGAAUCUCCAUUAUCAUUGCUGCUGUGUUAGCAGGUGCAAUGAUUUACCCAUGGGCUUUCAUUAAAGGUUCUGGCAUCAACGCUGGCGCCUUUUUCCUUCAAGCUGGGGUGCAAGGGGCUUGGGGGGUGGUUCCCUCCCACUUGUCUGAAUUGUCUCCCCCUGACUACAGAACGUUUGUGGUGGGUUUGAGUUACCAGUUGGGUAAUUUGGUGUCAUCUGCUUCUUCCACCAUCGAGUCUACCAUUGGUGAAAGAUUCCCUAUCGUUGCCCCAUCCGGUGCACCUACUUACAAUUACGCCAAGGUGAUGGCGAUAUUCUUGGGAUGCGUAGUGGGUUACUUGAUUGUUGUAACCUUAUUUGGACCUGAGAAUAGAAACGCUUCUUUCGAUAUUGAUCGUGAUGAAUAUGUUGAAGAGUUUGAUGAUCAUGGAAUCAAGUCGGACGAGGAGUCUCUUGAUGAAGACCACGAUAACUUUUCUGUCACAAAACCUAUCGAGGCUAAUGUCGAAAAGGUAUAAUUUGAUAUGAUAUUUAUUUUGUAGGAUUAAUGCAAUAUUUGUGAGAU